CACCUAUGUUCACAGUGAACCUGCAAGAAAGUUAAUGUUGUUGUUUUCAGUCAAGUUUUCUCGUUUUUUUAGGUGUUGAUAUUUCCAAAUCAUUUCAUAAUUCCAUUGUGUUAAAUGGAUGAUGUUUUUCUCAGCGAAGUGGACCUAAACGGUCAUGAAGAAUGGGAUACUGUGGCUGGCAGUAAUGUCACAUAUAUGCCCAACAAUUCAGAAAAUGAAAUAGAUAUUCUUGCUAUACAAGUGGACAUUGCAUCGCCUUUGUCAACUCUAAAAGCAAUUCUCGGACAAAGACUUGGUGCUGAUUUCUCACAUUGUGAGCUUUGGUUACAAGAUGUUGUGCAGCUCACUGAUGAGACAACCCUCUCUGAACAGUGUAUUCAGGGAGAAGGACUUGUGCAAGUCAACGUGGAAUUGAAAUCAGUUCAGAAUAUUGAUAGAAUCAAUAUCAUUGAUGUACUAAAACCACAGCAAGAGGAGGAGACAGUCCUUGAUGAACAGGUUACUAUGGAAAACUCGAAAGAACAACAAGAAAGUGACCUUACCCAGGUAUCUGCUGUUACCGAAGAUGUCACUAGUAUUGCUUUGGACACAGCCUAUGAAGGUUCUCGUUUUCCAUCUCCAAAUACUGGAAUGCAAGCAACAACUACCAUAGGUGCUCAGCAUUUGGUUCCUAGUCCUUUAGCUGCACAAAUCAAACAACCAUAUGGCAAUAGAAUGUCAUGUAAAAUGCCUACUAGCCACAGUGAAAAUAUAACUAGAUGGGUAAUGGAUGGAAACUUCAGAAAAGAGCAAGAAAGACUAAAAAUUCCUCUUGAUCCUAUUUUGUGGUCGAAAGCCCAUAUUCAACAUUGGAUACGGUGGGCAAUAAAUCAGUUUAAUCUCAAGGGUGUCAAUCCCUCUCAGUGGGCCUUUGUUGAUGGACCCUCAUUGUGCAACAUGACUCAUACAGAGUUUAUCCAGAGAAUACCGAAGAAUCCAUUAUCCAAAGAUCCAAAUCAUGAUUUAUUCUGGACGCAUCUCGAAUUGCUGCGAAAAUGCAAAUUUGUUGGUGUUAUUCAAAAGCCAGUGCCUUACCUUCAAUAUAUCACCACCCCUUUGUCGGUUAAGUCGGAUACUUCCAGACUGCCACGACCAGCCGUCAAAGUCGCGACUCCUACAAAAAGGAUUCCAUUAGAAUCGUUUUCGUCUCGUUCAUUCUCUAUAGCCACCACAGGAAGUCGAACUGGAAGUAAUGGCCAAGUACAACUCUGGCAAUUUCUACUUGAGUUGUUAACGGAUGUGAAUUUUCGGGAUGCGAUCUCUUGGCUUGGCACGGGAGGUGAGUUCAAAUUAAAUAACCCAGAGAUGGUUGCCCAGCUUUGGGGUGAACGGAAAAACAAACCACACAUGAACUACGAAAAACUGAGCCGAGCCCUGAGGUAUUAUUAUGAUGGAGACAUGAUUUGCAAAGUGAGCGGAAAACGUUUUGUGUAUAAAUUUGUCUGUGACCUAAAACAGUUGUUGGGUUAUUCGGCCGACGAACUCAACAAGCUCGUUAUGGAGUGCGAACAGCGAUCUAAAUUGGGCCGGUCCAAUGCGCCAUACGUGUAAAUACAGAGCAUUUUUUUUUCUCGAU